AUAAUUUUAAGAAAAAUUUAUAAACUAAAUAUAAAAUGUAUUUCUUUGCAGGUUUUAGAUUUAUCAUUUAAUCGCAUUAAGAAACUUAAACGCAGCUCAUUUCAACCCUAUACAAGUGUUAAGUAUUUAUUACUCUAUGAGAAUAUGAUACAAUCCGUGGAACCGGGUACCUUUUCACAUUUAACAUCACUACAGGAAAUAGAUUUAUCAAAUAAUGCUCUUAUGACCAUACCGUUGGAGCUGUUGCAAUUACCCUCUUUAAGAAAUCUAUAUAUAGAUAGUAAUGAAUUGACUUUCUUGGAAAGAGAUCUAGAGGCUUUGGAAACUCCUAUAAAAGCUCCUUUAGAAUAUUUAAAUGUGGCCGAUUGUGGUCUACAGGAUAUACCCGAUUUGGGUAUAUUACCAAAACUUUGGCAUAUAAAUGCCUCUAUGAAUCCUUUAAUGGACUUAAGUAUUGAUCGUUUUGCCAAUUUGUGCAAUCUGAAGAGUAUAGAUUUAACACGCACUCAACUAUCACAGUGUCAGUGCCAGCAGGUUAAUAAUCACUUAAGAAGUUUACAAGUGAAGACAAAAUUUGUUCCAGUUGUGUGGGUAAAAGUUUUAGAAACCUCCAUCUGUCCACUGCCUUACAAUUUCACCAUCGAUUCUGAAACAUUUCAGACAUGUAAGACUACGGUGAAAAUAGCAGAAGCACGAAGUAUGUGGAUGCUGGUAGCGGGCUGCGCGGGCGGCGUACUAGCAGUUAUAUUAGUGGUCUGGUACUGCAUCUACAGACGACGCAAGAGACGUAAUAAGAAAUUAAGAGCCGCUGCCUUGCAUCGCAAAAGUUUAGUUAUAUCGCCGAAAAAUGCCAUAAAUAGAAAUGAAAAGGAAUUUCACUGCAUCAAUCACAAAAAUGAACUGUUAUACUGUGAUACUGCCUAAAUAAAAUUUUAAUUUUAAUUGAAAUUGAAACCCUUCCUCAAAUAUUUACCAAACAAUUAAUUAGUUUUUAAGUCCAUAAUAACAUUAAUGCCAUAUGACUUUGUUUUGUAAAAUAAAAUUUAAUUUAUUAUUUUUAACGGUUCUAUAUAGUUAGUGCCUUAGCUUGCUGUAGAAAUUAGUAUUAUUAAUUAAAGUUUUAAUUAAACAAUCACACAACUAGUUAAUUAAUAGUUUCAUUAAUAUAAUUAAUAUUUAAUUAUUAUUAGAAAUAUUUU